GUAGCAACACCCAUUCCCUGUCUAUUAAAUGCUCAACCAGGAAUACAGGUUUUACGUUGAAAGUAGACCACAUAGCUAUCAUUCUGCCGCACACAGUGUCAGUCACACAGUUUCACUGCAGCUGUUAACUUCAGAAACUAAUUUUUCUCUGUGGACAACUCAUCCUGUUCAGUUUUUGGAGUCUUUUCUUCAGCUGUUGAUCACAUUUUCUUAAGAGGUUAACAAAUUGCUGCUGAGCUAAACCUUACCUGUGGAUUUUAAUUUUGUUCUCAUAUCUGCUGGACGUCUAAAACAAUGUCCCACCCUAGCAGUCUGGAUUUAGACAGAUACAGCAGCAUGGAGAAAUCCCGACGCUCUACCAGUCGUAACCAGUCCAGGUCCCAGGCCCAGAACGGGGACGUGCUGUGUGACUUCUGCACAACGAGGAAGCAGAAGGCAGAGAAGUCCUGCUUGGUGUGCCUAGCAUCUUACUGCGAGACCCAUGUCCAGACUCACUAUGACUACCCUGCCCUGAUGAAGCACAAGCUGGUCAAAGCUACAGGUCAGAUGAGGGAGAAGCUCUGUGCCCAGCAUGACAAGUUGCUGGAGGCUUAUUGUCGCUCUGAUGAGACACUGGUGUGUGUUUUGUGCAUGAUGGAUGAACACAAACACCACGACAUUGUCCCGGCUGGAACUGAGAGGACCGAGAAACAAAAACAACUUGGUACCACACUGUACAAAUCUCAACAUAGGAUUGACCAGAGAGUUAAAAAGUGGCAGGAUCUCCGACAUGCUGUUGAAUCAGUUAAACACUCGGCUCAAACUGCUCUAGAGGAGAACGAGCGCAUCUUCUCUGAGCUUCUGCUUUCCAUCGAGAGGAAGUACAAUGAAGUCAAGGAGAUGGUCCGCUCCCACGAGAAGACCACCGUGACACGGGCCGAGAUACUGCUGAGCCGCUUGGAAGAAGAGAUCACUCUGCUCAGGAAGAAGCACACUGACCUGGAUAAGCUCUCAAACACCGAUGAUCACAUACACUUUCUGCAGAGCUAUCAGUCUCUAUCAGGCCCCUCAGGAUAUGAAGACCUCAACAACGUUAGUGUUGCUCCCAAUUACUCCUUUGACGCCACCAAGAGAGCCAUCGGUGCACUGAAAUUAAAAGUAGAAGAAGUCAGCAAGACCGAAAUGAGCAAUGUCUCAGAAACAGUGAAGGAUGUCUACAUCACGAAAGAAGGUGAGACAAAGAGAGAAUCCAUUGUGAGGGACGAACCAAAGACAAGAGAUGAACCGAAGACAAGAGAUGAACCGAAGACAAGACAAGACUUCCUGAAAUACUCUUCCCAGUUGAUUCUGGAUGUCAACAGUAUCCAUCGCAGCCUUUACCUCUCCGAGGGUAACCGAUCGGCUACAAUGAAGAGUGAGCCUAAGAACUACCCUGACCACCCAGAUCGAUUCGACCACUGGCAGCAGGUGUUGUGCAGGGAGAGCUUGACUGGUCGCUGUUACUGGGAGGUGGACUGGAGGGGAACAGAGAUAGACAUAGCCGUUACCUACAGGGGAAUCCGCCGUAAAGGAAACAGCAAUGAAUGCAGCCUGGGCUGGAACGACAUGUCCUGGAGUCUGUACUGCUCUGACUCCAAAUUCUCCUUUGUGCACAACAACAAGAGCAAAGAUCUUCCAGUUCCAGUCUCCUCUCGUGUCGGCAUCUACCUGGAUUAUGCAGCAGGAACACUCGCAUUUUACAGUGUUUCUGAUGGCAUGCAGCUUCUGCACAGAGUCCAGACCACAUUUACUCAGCCUCUCUACCCGGCAUUCAGUGUGUGGGGCUUUGGUACAACUAUAAAACUGUAGGAGAGUUGCCAUAGUGCUAGUAAUUAGCAUUACAAUCACACAAUAUUCUCAAUUUAGUUGUAAACAUUUGAGACAGGGUGUUUGAUUAAUUAUUUUUAUUGCUAAACGUUAUAUUUUUUCCUUAUGUAUGAAUUUUAUGAAUUUUUCUGUUUGUGGUCUUUUGAUCACCAAUCGUUGUGGCUAAACAAAUGUGUCAGUUGUAAGUAGGAAAAAUAUGCAAUAAUUGAUUUUGAUGUGAGUUUAUACUCCAUAUAUUUUCUAUACUAUGUUAAAGCAUGCGAUACUGACAUAUAAUACAUUUAAUUAAAGUUUUACUGAUUUAUCUGUCACUGGAGUUGCUGUUUUUUUUUCACACAAACAUUUCAGUCUCUUAGCUAUCUUUUGUGUGCUUGAAGUGACAAAUCAAUGUAAUCAAUGUGUUCAAAGCAUGAAAAUCAACAGGAGAUCAAAUAAUAUUGAGAGUAUAUCUGAUCAAUAAUUACCAGACAUCAGGCCCACAUCAUCCGGCCCUCAUUGGGGGAUACCGGUAUGUAGAGACAUUAACAAAUUAAAGCUCCAGAGGGCAGCAGAACACAUGUUGUUGGUAGCAUCACACACACAAACACACACUUUUAGGAUAAACAUAUUCCGAUUGU